GUCAGAUGAUUGUGUCAUUUAGCCACUGUUUAAAAUAAGCUUUAACAUAGCUUUCUCAGUUAUAUUUCAACAUGUCGAGAAGCCGCUUUGGAUUUUUAGUUUCUCUUUUAUUCAGGGAUCAGAAAAUGUGUAGAACAUCAACAUCAAUGGCACAGAAAACCACACAGAUGAACAAGAAUAAAUUUUUGAUAGUUGGAUUAGGUAAUUAUGAUUACCCAGGUACAAGACAUAAUAUUGGUAUGAUAUUUGUGGAUUGGCUAGCUGAUCAUCUGAACAUUAAAUGGACUAGCGAGAGGAAACUAUGUAAAGGUUAUGUUACAUCAUGUAAAUUACAAGAUGAUGUAGAAUUAAUUUUAUUGAAACCUAAAGUACCUAUGAAUAUAAAUGGACAAAGUGUGUCUAUGACAGUAAGUGAAUUUGGUAUACCAGUAGAAAAUAUAUUCAUUAUCCAAGAUGAAUUAGAUAAAUCAUUAGGCAAAUAUGCUAUAAAAUCUAGUGGUAGCUCAAGGGGGCACAAUGGUGUUAAAUCUGUAAUGGAUUCUCUUCAAACUGAUGAAUUUACCAGAAUAAAGUUUGGAAUUGGUCGUCCUGAUAGCAGAGAUUCCAAUAUUAUAGCUAGAUAUGUACUGAGUGAAUUUACACCAGCUGAGCAACAGAAAGUCUUUCAAUUGUUACCAACAGCAGUGGAGUAUUUAGAGAAGCAAUUACAGAAAGCCUCAGGAUUUGAAUUGGAACUUGGCAAAAGAAUCACCUGACAAAGCCUAGAAGAAUGGAAAUUGGAAACCUGUAAAAAUUGUAAUAUAAGACAAAAGGUUCAAAAGAUUAUUGUAUUAAGUGUGUUAGAUAUUGUAAAUAUUUCAAUUGUUCUGGUCAAAAACCUACAUCAUAUUAUCUAUAGUGUCUUUAUCAAAAUUAGAGAUAAGAUCUCUUGAUAGUAUAUAUUGAUUAAUUAAGUUAUUAUAAUUUAAUUAUUUAUAGCAGAUCUGUCCAUUUUAUUUUGGUUGCUGAUUUUUUGAAACAUGUUUAUAUAUUUUGGUUACAUGUACGCAAUCAAUGAUUGAAGAUGUUAGACGUUUAAGUUAUAUACUAAUAUACUUGUAUACAGUGUACUCUGUGUAAUCUGAUGGGUCUGUAAAAAUAUGUUUGAUUAUAGAAAGUGUCAUAAAUUAUACCUUUUCAUAUCAUACCACAUUUGUAAUUCUGUUUAUCACUGACAAUAUUAGCGACAGAAUUGCCACUUGCAGUCUUUAGUCUUCAUCCUGAUUAUAUGUUGGAUUAUCUAAUUAGCGGUGUGCUUAAUCUCAUGCAAAUGUCAUAGCAUUCAAUUUUUAAACUGACAUAAUAAGAAAAUAAAUCUUGAAUCUCAAUGGAUUGUUCAGAUUGUUGUAAUACUCUAUUUUGUUUGUAAUUCACAGAGUACACUGUAUAGAAGAAGAAAUGAAAAGGAUUGUCUAUUUUAUAUCAGUAUUAUUAAUUUGUCAAAAUGUCAUCAUGAUCAUGAAAAGAAUCCAAUCAAUUUCAACUUUUUCAGUAAUAUUAAAUACAAUACAUCCUUUCAUGGC